AUGCUCCACGAGCUUGGAACAUUCAACUUGAUAAGAGUCUUAAAGAGCUUGGCUUUGGGAAAUGCACUCAAGAGCAAGCAGUCUACACAAGAAGUGAAUGAGAAGAAAGUGUUCUUGUUGGAGUGCAUUGAAGUGGAACAACAGAAGAGUCGAAUCUUGCUCAAACAACCAACUUAUGCCAAAAGAAUGUUGUCCCAGUUCGGAAUGGUUGACUGCAAUGCCACGAAGUACCCGAUGGAACCCAAGGCACAACUUCACAAAGACAUGGAAGGAGCACCAAUUGAUGUUACGGAGUAUAGAAGCACCGUUGGUUGUCUUAGAUACUUGCUGAACACAAGACCAGAUCUCUCAUAUGCUAUUGGGAUGGCGAUCAGGUAUAUGGAAUGGCCUACGGCCAUGCAUCACAAGGUGGUCAAGCAAAUACAUAGGUAUUUGAGAGGGACAAUUCACUUUGGGCUCACUUAUGUGAAAGAUCCCCGAGAAGUCAAUAUAUUUGGCUACUCUGACAGUGAUUUAGCCGGUGAUCUCAAUAGGAGGAAAAGCACAAGUGGAAUGGCGUUCUACUUAAAUAAAAACUUGGUUUCAUGGAAUUUGCAAAAGCAAAAGACGGUGACACUCUCAUCUUGCGAAGCUGAGUUCAUGGCAGCCACUACCGCGGCUUACCAAUUGUUAUGGUUAAGAAGCUUUGUUAGCGAGUUAACCGAAAUGGAGCCAAGACCGGUAACAUUCUUCGUGGACAACAAAUCCGCAAUAGCUCUCAUGAAGAAUCCCGUAUUUCAUGGCUGCAGUAAGCACACAGAUACACGCUUUCAUUUCAUUCAAGAGUGUGUCGAGAAAGGGAAAAUGAGCCGAUGCACUGACCAAAGCAUUGACAGGAGUGAAGUUAGCUGCUAUGCGUCAGCUACUUGGUAUGCGUGA